AAAUUUUUAAAAUGACUUUAUCUUAUUUAACAGAUGAUUGUUUUUAUUACAUUUUACAAUACCUUCAAAAUGAUAACCCAACUUUAUAUAACUGCUUAUUAGUUAAUCGAUUUUGGUGUAAAACAACGAUUCCUAUUCUUUAUGCAAAUCCUUUUGCAGUAAAAAUAUCCACAAAAAGUCACCUGAUGAUCUCAACCAUAAUUUUUUGCUUUAAUAAAGCAGAAAUUUUACAAUUGAAAGAACAAUUAGAAGUAAACCAGAUUAAUAAUAUCAAUAUUGAUGAAGAACAUAAACCUUUAUUUGAAUAUCCAAAAUAUUUGGAAAAUUAUAAUGACUUUGGAAUAAAUUCCACUAUUAGAAGAUAUUGUUCAGGUUUAUCAAUUUCUCAUAGCAAAAUGUAUAAUGAAAUUAUUCCAAUAUUUCAUAAAUCAAUUUUACGUCAAAGUAGAAACAUUAAAAAAUUAGAUAUUUCAUUAGAUUUAUUCUAUGGAAAAAGUUUUAAAAACUUUAAUGUUCAAAAUUCCAACUUAAAUUUAAUAAAAUUAAAUUCAUUAAGUAUUCGUUUAAAUGGUACUACUAAUAAUGAAGUUGGACAAGAAUUUUUAAGAAAUAUAGCUGAUGUUAGUUUAAACUUGAGACAAUUAAUAAUUAACCUUAAUCAAAGAUCAAGAAGAUUAUUAAUUAAUCCAACAACUUCCAAUAAUUUGAUCGAUAAAACUACUUGGAAAAAGCUUUAUAAAAUUAUUCAAGGGCAAAACAAACUCAAAAUAUUUAAGUUAUGGAAUUGUUCUUCUUCAUUAAAUAAUAUUCUUUCAUCCUUAGAAUUUCAAAAGCAUUCUUUAGUUCAUAUUGAGUUUAAUAACACUAACUUUGUUAAUGUCAGUUUAAAGAGUUUCAAUAAUUUAUAUAAUUUAGAAUGUUUGAUAUUUGAAUAUUGUGAAGGUUUAUUAUUAAAUCAAUGUGAGAUUUUAAAUUUUGCUUCAUUUAAGCUCAAGGAAAUAUCAUUUAUACGUGAUAAAUGGAAUAUUGAUAUCACACCUUCAAUAAUCAAAUAUCUAGGUGAACCAUUACAAAGAUUAUCAGUUGAAAAUCUUACAAUUCCACUUAUUGAAAAUAUAUCAUUGUAUUGUCCAAAUCUUAUUCUUUUAAAAAUAGGAAUUUAUUCACAUAUUGAUUUUUCAGGGUUAGCAUUUUUUAAAGAUUUAAGAGCAAAAAUGUUAAAUAUUACUAUUUUUUAUGAUAUUGAUAAAUUUUUUAGAAAAUUAGCAAAUAAUGUACCUAUUAAUGUUAGUAAAAUUUCUUUUUAUGUUGGUUCUUGUAUUUCCAAUAAGUUUUCAAAAUUUAAGGAAUUUUUAGAAAAUUGUCAUAAUAAUUUUGAAAUGAUUAAUUUAAAUCAUAUUAUUGAAUUAGAAUUUCUUAAAAUUGUUUUAAAUUAUAUUGAAAGAAGUAACAAUAAUUUAAAAACUCUUGGUAUGGUGAAUUUGGAUAAAGAAUUGAAUGAUGAGGAAUUAAAAUUAUUGAAUCAAAUUAAAGAUAAAGGAGUUAAAAUAGUGGAAUUUAAUAUUAUUCAUUAUAUUUAUAAAGGUGUAUGAUAUUAAGUAUUUAUAUUUAGUAAAUUAAGGGUUAUAUUUAGUUUUAGG